AUGUCGGCGAAGGCGGAAUCCCAGACCAAGAAGUUCGGCGGCUCAAGCCGGACAAUUCCUCACACCUCCGAGAAGGCCCAGAAGUGGUAUCCCGCUGAGGAUGUUGCCCAGCCCAGGAAGACCCGCAAGGCCGUCCGUGCCUGGGCUCCUCGCAAGACCCUCCAGCCCGGCACCGUUCUGAUCCUGCUCGCUGGCCGAUUCCGGGGCAAGCGUGUCGUUCUCCUGAAGGCCCUCGACCAGGGCGUCCUCCUGGUCACCGGUCCCUUCAAGAUCAACGGUGUCCCUCUGCGCCGCGUCAACUCCCGCUACGUCAUCGCCACAUCACAGAAGGUCGACCUGUCCGGAGUAGACGAGAAGAAGAUUGAGGAGAUUGCUCAGCCCAAGUACUUCACCGCCGAGAAGACCAAGGAGAAGGCUGGCGAGGAGGCUUUCUUCAAGCAGGGCGAGAAGGCACAGAAGAAGGAGGUGAGCAGCAGCCGAGCAGCUGACCAGAAGGCCAUCGACAAGGCUCUGUUGGCCAACAUCAAGAAGGUGGAUCUGCUGGCGAGCUACCUCGCUUCGUCUUUCAGCUUGCGCAAGGGCGACAAGCCUCACCUGAUGAAGUGGUAG